CAAGCCGGAUCUAAUCGUUCCGGCGUGGAUCGUGGAUGUCGGCGUGGACGUUGCGUUUGGUAUGAAACUGUGUGAAACCGAUCGUCACGAGCGUCAAAUCGCGAAGAUAACGCAAUAAUAAUGUUGGUGCUGUUCGAGACGCCGGCGGGCUACGCGAUAUUCAAGUUGCUGGACCAAGACAAACUCACCCAGUCGGAGAAUCUUUAUCAAGAUUUUCAGAAUCCCGAAAUCGCCAGUAGACUAGUUCAGUUGAAGUACUUUCACAAGUUUGAAGAUACCACCGAGGCCCUAGCCGCUACUACAGCGAUUGUGAAAGGCAAACUGUCUAAGUCUCUGAAGAAAACGCUUGAAACCUGCUGCACUGAGGCCCAUGAACAACUGGCAGUUGCUGAUGCAAAGCUGGGCCUCGCCAUCAAGGACAAGCUGCCAAAAGUGUCCUGCAUAAACAACACGGCGAUACAAGAGUUGAUGAGAUGUAUCCGAAGCCAGAUGGACAGUUUGAUUACCGGAGUGACCAAGAAGGAGAUGACAGCCAUGGCGUUGGGUCUGGCUCACAGUCUUUCCAGAUACAAGCUGAAGUUCUCACCCGAUAAGGUCGACACCAUGGUGAUACAGGCGGUGUGCUUGCUGGAUGAUCUGGACAAGGAGCUCAACAAUUACAUGAUGCGGGCGCGCGAAUGGUAUGGCUGGCACUUCCCCGAGCUGGGCAAGAUCGUGACUGACAAUCUUCAGUACAUAAAGACGAUGCAGAUAGUCGGUCAGCGGGAGAACGCCGUCAAAUGCGACCUGUCAGAUAUUCUAACGGCGGAAGUCGAGGAGAGGGUGAAGGAAGCCGCAGAAACUUCGAUGGGCUCAGAGAUCUCGGAGUACGACGCCGAACACAUGCAAUGCCUGUGCGUCGAAAUAAUCGAGCUCCACCAAUAUCGAACCCAGCUGCACGAUUAUCUGAAGACUAGGAUGAUGGCGCUGGCGCCAAAUCUGUCAGUUUUGGUCGGUGACCUGAUCGGCGCACGUCUGAUAUCCAAGGCCGGCUCUUUGACCAAUCUCGCCAAGCAUCCGGCAUCUACUUUACAGAUCCUCGGUGCGGAGAAGGCGCUGUUCCGUGCUCUCAAAUCGAAAAGGAACACGCCUAAGUACGGCUUAAUCUAUCACUCGCAACUUGUCGGACAGUCCUCGAACAAGAAUAAGGGCAAGAUAUCUAGGAUGCUGGCGGCGAAAGCCUCUCUGGCGACGAGGGUCGACGCAUUGGGCGAUACCACAGGCUUCGAGCUUGGCGCGGAGCACAAAGUAAGGUUGGAGGCAAAACUGAGGGAUCUUGAGGCAGGGAAUAUACGUCGUGUAAGUGGCACCGCCAGAGCGAAGUCCAAAUUCGAAAAAUAUCACAGCAAGAACGAAUCCAUGCAAUAUUCCGCGUCUGUAGACUCGACUCUGCAGGCUUCGAAGUCAGCUCCAUUAAUCGUGGAGAUGGAACCAAAGGAGGGUGAGGAAAUUCGUAAGAAGAAGAAAAAGAAACGUAGCACGAACAGUGAAGUGGAAAUCAAGGAAGAAUUACAGACGGAAGUCAAGCAAGAACCACAGACGGAAGUCAAGGAAGAAGAAGCUGAAGCGGCUGCUGUAUCGAAGAAAAAAAAGAAACGUAAUGUAGAAUCCAAGGAAGAACAAGGAGAAUUUUCUGGUGCACAAGUGGAACCGGAAUCAGUUGCUAUUUCAAAGAAAAAGAAGAAACACAGUAUAGAAGUCAAAACAGAAGAUACAGCAGAAUCUUCUAGUACUCAAGAAGAAGGGCAAGUAAAAAUAGGGUCAAAUGUAUCGAAGAAAAGGAAGAAACAUAGCAUGGAACCAGAAAAUACGAAGGAGGAAGAGUUAAAUACUUCAUUGAAAAAGAAAAAGAAACACAGCAAAGAGCCUAAAGAAGAUGUGGGGGAGUCUUCUGGUAUGCAAGAAGCGCAAGCUGAAGCAGAUUCUUCAGAUCUUGUAUCGAAGAAAAAGAAACACAGCAAAGAGCCUAAAGAAGAUGUAGGGGAGUCUUCUGGUAUGCAAGAAGCGCAAGCUGAAGCGGAUUCUUCAGAUCUUGUAUCGAAGAAAAAGAAGAAGAAAAAGAAAGAUUCGAUUGAGGAGGCGGCAUCUGUGAAAGUUGAGGAAACGUUUGAAAUGGAUAUAUCAAUUGGAGCAGGAACGAGUGGAGAGCAAAAGAAGAAAAAGAAGAAGAAGGAAAAAGAAAGUGAGGAAAUGCAACAAACAGUAUCGGUUGAAGAAGUAGAAAAACCAGUUUCGAGCGAGAAGAAAAAGAAAAAAAAGAAAUUAAAGCAUGAUUAAGGAUGCGCAAAGAGAAAUAGGAUGAAUACAAGUUUUUAUAUUAAACUUCUACAUAAAUAUAAAUAAAUAUAGAUAAUAAGAAUAUUUUUAACUAACUAUACGAGUAGGAAAGCUAAAAAAAUCUGAGUUUGUUAUAAAAGUAUUUUUUCACAGAACUUUGUUUUCAAUCAUAAAUUAAAAUCGAUGAUAACGUUGCGAAUAGAAUCUUUAAAUGAAAUGACAGUUUUGCCUGAGCAUCGAUAUUAUAUAUUAAUAGAUUUAUUCAUGUAAAAUAUUGUAU